UCUCGCACGCUUAUCGGUAAAAGCAGUCUAUAAUUCGAGAGAACUCAGGCUGACGUUCAGUAAUCGCACCUUCAAAAUGAAGACGAUCAUUGCUUUCGUCGCCCUCGUGGUCGUAGCCUUCGCAGCCCCUCAAGGUCAAUCGGAUGUUGUCGUAGUAAACGAAGAUCCUUUGGAUAACAUCGGCAUCGAUGGCUACAAAUAUGGCUACGAACUUUCUAACGGAGAGUCGAAGCAGGAAUCAGCACAGGUGAAGAACGUCGGCACCGAGAACGAAGCCAUCCAGGUCACCGGCAGCUUCUCCUGGAUCGACCCAGUUACCGGCCAGAAAUUUCAGGUUGACUACGUCGCUGAUGAAAAUGGAUUCCAGCCUCAAGGAGCACAUAUUCCAGUCUAAACUCUUGCUUUUCUGCAAACCUUUAUUUAUGACGAAUACACCAUUUUUUUAAUUGAA